GAACUACACAGUAAGGACUUCUCAUCUUGAUCAUGGCAACAACGUCAGUGUCUCUACCGGAACCAGAAGCUACUUCAGAACCGGAAGUUACUGCAGAGCCGGAAUCAGAACCAUUAUCUGAACCAACGACUAUUGAAUUGGUCAUUCCGACAGCAGCAGUCCUCGUGCUUGGAGUUGUCGCUUGUAUAAUCCUCUACUGUAUCAGCCAUCGACGACGGCUUUCUACUCUUUUCUCGUGGAAUAAAAGAGUAAAAGCAAUUCGAGUUGAAAACGAGACUACCAUGAUCCAGAACACGAAUUAUAACUUCCUUACGUCACGUGACCUUUAUGCCUUGAAAAAACUGGAAAACUUCCAAAACAACUUUUGCGGACUGAUGAGAAUUUGCAUUGCCCCGGCUGUGUCUCUAAUUACCUGCCGCUCACUCUUCUUUUGUAUCAACCCAUCGUCAACUACUGUUGGCCGAAAUCGUCGUUUCCAUCUCAACCAAACAUCAACGAUGCCAUUGGCUGUUUUCUUGUUCCUGCUGGGAUGGUGUACGCAUUCAUGUUUGGAUUCGCGUUCCAGCAUGUGUACCAGCGUCAUAGCAAGUUCACGGAUGACAUACAGGAGAAAGCUGAUGUUAUUACAGAGCUUGUAUGGGUCAUCAAAAACUUAAAUGGAAUCUCUGCUGCUACAAUGCUCGAAAUUCUCAACAUUCUAAAAACGCAAUUGAUUGACGAGCUUUACCUGAUCCAAGGCAUUGACGACCAAAUCGGCGCUGACUCUUGGUCAAUUUUGUCCCUGCUGAAUAAGAGAGACACACAGACAGACAAGCUAUCAGGAUUUGGUGGAACACGGAAAGUGGUCAGAACUGUAGAUAUGGACCGCGUGCCGGAAUCACCAAUAGACGCCGCCUUGUACAAGGAGUUAAUUCGAUGUCUCAGGACCCUUCGAGCCCUGACGAUCACUAGUCAGUCUCAAACGGGAAUGCCAUUAUACCAUUGGCUUGUCCUGGAGAUGCUGGGCUUCUUUAGUUUUCUGGGCGUUCUCCUGAUCAGUGCCCAGUCCUACCAGAUACAGCUGGCCAUGUGUGUGGUCACUGUUACCUCUAUCAGUCUGCUAUGUUAUGCCGUCAGUGACCUUGACUCACCCUUCCACGGUUUGCUUAGAGUCGACCUCGGGGUCAUCAGCUCCGCGGUGAUGGAGAUUCAGACGCAUGCGCACUAUCUCAAUGUCAUUACACAUUCUGUUAAGUGAAUGACGGUAAUCGAUUUAUUUUCAAAGGGAAAUUUGUUUACAUAUCCCAAUGACAAAGAAAGGAUUUUACAUGUAAAUGUAUGUGCUUAAUCAUGAAAUUUCUUGGACUAAAAUGAAACGCAUAAAGUACUCUCCUGCAGAAACCAUAAUUUGCAAUAACAAUUUAAAAAGAAAAGAGAAACAUUUUGUCACGUUAAACAGCAUGGGUACUCUACUUUCUUGACAGACUACCCUAAAAUCAUAUUAUUUCUCACGGCAAAUCAUGCCCAGCCUCUAGACUUGCCUCCAUACUCCCAUUGAGCAACUUUGGGGCGAGCUGAUACGUAAGAACACUCCAACAAACCCCGACUUGUUGAUUAUAGCUUUGGAACAACAAAUUAAUUCCUUCCUCGCAGAGAAUCCGUGCAGAAAGUCGUGCAAGAGGUAUCCACGUCAGGACUGAAGUGACGCUUUUCCAUUCGGGGGUAUCCUACUCGGGGUGACUACUUGCAACACAAGUGACGUGACAGUAUUGUAAAGAGUUGACAUGUCCCUUCAUUAUGACAUCAAAAUUUGUACAACAUUCAAAGCGAGCAUGUGUUAUCAAUUGUACAACAUAAUUAAUCGGGUUUUCUCUAUCAAUAUAAUAUUGUUUAUCUUACUGCAGCCGGAUAUGGACAUCUUAUACGGUAGAUAAAAACUGGAUAAUCUAAAGAAAGUGAUUGUCACCGACCAAGUUCUCAUUUUGGGACUAUAAACAUGGCGGAUGUCGUCCGUGAAGCAGAAGACGGUUACCCUUGCAGAACCACAAAUAUUGAUUUUGUUCCGUUUUUCUUGUUUUAUCGAUUUUUAAAAACUGAAUGUCACCAUUCUGGUUGUGUACGUCAUCAUUCUGGUUGUGUACGUCAUCAUUCUGGUUGUGUACGUCAUAAUAUGUAAAUCACAAUAAAGCCUAAACAUCAAAUUCG